AUGGAUGUUCUCUAUUCAUUAAUAGGAGUUGAAGGACUUGACCUUCUAGCGCAAGAUGAAAUUUUUACAAACAUUCUCAAUUUUGUGUUUACCGAUAAUGAUUCAAUUAAUGAAUCAAUACUAAAUCGAUUUUGUAAUUCAAUAUUACCUCGAAUUCAAAACAAUGUUAAAUGUCUUGUUUUGGAAACAACAAUGAUAGAUCGUAUUUUGCGUGCUGGUAUUUAUCCAAAUCUGACUCAAUUGAAAAUAUUUAAAUUUCAUGCAAAUACUUUUUCACAUUUUUGUACAGAUGAAUUACUUUUCCGAUACAACUUCAAAAAACAAAUUACAGAUCUUACACUACUCAAUGAUUACGUUGGUAAAGUAGGAAUUAUAGAUGAAACAACAAAUGUAUAUAUAAAAUUGCUUGAUUUUUUUGAAAAUCUUAACUAUUUGAGUUGUAUUGGAUCAUAUGUUAAUGGAAAUCCAGUUUUAUCAUUUAUUAAUUUACCAUCAACUACUUUUGUUUCUUCAAAUCUAACUAAAUUAUGUGUUACUGUGGACAGUUUCGAAGAUUGUCUUUGUUUACUUGAUGGUCAUCUCAAUCAAUUAUCAACAUUUAUUGUUAUUAUUGUUAAUGUCAAAGAUAAUUCAUCGAUGGGAUUCAACUCAAAUGAUCUACCUAAUUUGAAAUGUUUCUCAUUGAAGUAUGAAUCUUUAACCAAUGAAUAUGAUAAUCAAGUUAUACCUCUUCUUCGUCGAAUGUGUAAUCUUCAAGAUUUAACAUUAUAUAUUCAAAUCGACGAACGAAAUAGAUUUGUCGAUGGUAUUCAACUUGAAAAUGAUGUUCUUAUUUAUUUAUCAAAACUUCAAACAUUCGUUUUUUAUAUCUGUGCUUUUACUAGUACCAAUCAUCCUGUUACUUCAUCGAAUGAUAAUAUUCAACGAACUUUUACUAAUGUAAAAUUUGGACAAAUUGGUUGUAGCAUCAAUUAUAUCAAUGAAUCUCAUAUCAGAUAUCAUGUUUUCUCACUCCCGUUUAUAUUUAAUCGUAUAGGACCUAUUGGCAAUAGCUUUACGAAUACGAUAUUCAAGAAUAUUACUUGUUUAGGUGUGCAUGACGGGAUUCCAUUUGAACAUGAAUUUUUUGUUCGGCUGGCUCAAUGUUUUCCAUUAUUGACAUCUUUAAUUAUUUUAAAUCGUAGAGCACAGUCAACAGAUUCAAAUAAAUCUGAAUAUGACAAUCAUGGACCAUUUGAGGUUGCUCAAUAUUUUCAUCUCACAUCACUUGACUUUGGCCAUACACAUAUUGACUAUGUUGAGCAAAUGUUGAAUGAAUCAAAAACACGUUUGCCUUGUCUGACAGAAUUACGGAUUAAUUAUGAUCAAUUGAAAACUGUAACAAAUAACUUUACAAGAGAUGCAACGAGACUUAAUUGUAUCAAUGUCGAAGAAUUAGAUUUUUACAGUCUUAACAAUGAUGACAAUAGUGAUGAUCACUCAAUAGAAGCACAAUCAAAAGACUUUCAUGCUUAUUUUCCUUUGUCGAAACUUUGA